UCAACUCUUGAACCCAGAAGGGGUUUUGGUUUCGUUUUUGUUUUGCAGAAUCGCCAUGAAAGAGCCAGGAAGCAGAAAACGCAAGAGAGGGAGGAAACGCCAACCUCAAAAUCAACACUCAAAGACAAUCACAAAGCAUGGUAAACAAACCCUUCAACAUCAACCUUCUGCUUCUCCUUCUUCCAAACCACCCAAGUCCUCCACUUUCCUCGACAAGAUGCGAGCCAGGUUAUCUGGGGGCCAUUUUAGGAUGCUUAACGAAAAGCUUUAUACUUGCACUGGAAAAGAAGCACUUAACUAUUUCAGUGAAAACCCGUCAUCGUUUGAUAUGUAUCAUUCAGGAUAUCAAGAACAAAUGUCGCAUUGGCCUGAGCUUCCAGUUAACAAAAUCGCAGAAUGGCUGAAGGGUCACAGCCCUUCUUUAGUUGUUGCUGAUUUUGGUUGUGGGGAUGCACGGCUGGCAAAAAAUGUGAAGAAUAAAGUUUUUUCUUUUGAUCUUGUCUCAAAUGAUCCUUCAGUAAUUGCUUGUGAUAUGUCAAAUACACCCCUUGACUCUUCAUCUGUAGAUGUUGCUGUCUUCUGCCUUUCAUUGAUGGGAACAAACUUUCCCAGUUACCUUCAGGAAGCGCACAGAGUUCUUAAGCCAAAUGGCUGGCUUUUGAUAGCAGAGGUGAAGAGCAGAUUUGAUCCAAAUACCGGAGGAGCGGACCCAAAGGAGUUCUCAAAUGCAGUUUGUAAUCUGGGGUUUGCAUCUGAGUUAAAGGACUUAUCAAAUAAGAUGUUUAUUUUGUUACACUUCAAGAAAAAGGUUAGCAGCUAUUUUAUAACACGUCUCUGUUAUCAUUAUCAUUUUCAAUUUAUCUGAUAAAUGAGUGCCAUUUAAUUUUUUGAUACUCGUGAUUUCGCAUUGUUUGCUCUCUAGAAGAAGCAGAAUUCAAAGAGCAAGGAAAUUGAAUGGCCUGAGUUAAAACCUUGUUUAUACAAACGUCGCUGAAACUAAAGACAACAGUGCUCCUCUUAGCUUAUGUAUCAAUCUCCGACAAAGUGGUUUUCUGUACCUUGUAAAUGUAAUGAUAGGCAACUUCUGGAGGAAGUUCAUUAAAUUUUGUUCCUGCUUAUAGCCAAAAGAAACAUUCUCAUUUUUUUUUCUUUUCUUUUGUGUUCUUAACAAAUUUCAAUAACAUCUACCAUGAAUUAUGUAAGUUUACCAAAAACUAAAUCUACAGUCUGGAAAUUUGAGGCUA